AUCCAACUGGAGGAUGAGUACGAGAUCCUUCACGUCAUCCAGGAGGGCUGGCGAGGCCGUCUCCUUCUGGUGGAGCACAGACGGACCCGCCACGAGGUCGUGCUCAAGGCCGUGCACAAGGACUCAACAGCCCGCCUCGACUUCUUCCGCGAGUUCCACUACAACUACUACCUCAGCCCACACAAAAACAUCCUGAACGCCUACGACGUUGCUUUCGAAGCCGACGACUACUAUGUCUUCGCCCAGGAACUCGCAACGUUCGGCGACCUUACCACCAACAUGACUGACGUCGGUCUCGGAGAGAUCAACACGAAGAAGGUCGCCCUGCAGCUUGCUUCGGCACUCGAGUUCAUGCACUCCAAGGACUUGGUGCACCGAGACAUCAACAUGGACAACAUACUCGUCUUCAAUAGCGACUUCAGUUGGGUUAAGCUGUGUGACUUCGGAUCCACGAGGAAGACGGGCACGCUGCUCAAGAAGAGGACGGUGUGGCUGCCGUACGCCCCGCCGGAGAUCGUCGACGCCGUGCAGAACGAAGGCUUCCACGCAGACAUCUCGCAGGACGUGUGGCAGCUCGGCAUCCUGGUGUACGUGCUUUUAACGGGGCAGCUGCCGUGGCAGAAGGCCGACCUCACGGACCCCAACUACGCCGAGUACAUCAACUGGCGGAAGCGGCGGACACUGCGGACGCCCAAGAGGUUCAACAACUUCACGUCGCGGCUCCUGCGGAUGUUCAAGCGGAUGCUGGAGCCCAAGCCGGAGAAGCGGUGCUCGGUGCGCGAGAUUUACAAGUACGCCGACGACAAGUGGCUCGUCAGGACGCCCCGCCGGGACGCUGCUGGUGACGUCGACGGCCAGAGCGUGUGCUACUCGACCUUCUCCAUGCACUCGUGCCCCAAGGAGAAGGACCGCGUGCUGCGGACGCUCAAGGCGCACGGUAUCGAGACCACGGUGGACCGGAUCGCAAAGCGCCAGCGCAUCCACGAAUGGCUCGAGCGGUCGCUCUCUACGAGGAACCUCGGCGCGGACGACGACGAGGCUCUCAAGCAGGAUGAGCAGGAGGGCUCGCCGAAGGAGGGGCCGCCCCGCACCAUGGCCGACUCAGCCGCGCCUCCUCCGCCUUUGCCAGGAGUCCGCUCGAAGCCGCGGGAAGUGCGCGUGCAGUAUGAGCAGCUGGCGGCGUUGACCCUCAAGAUGGCGCAGGCAAAGGCGGCCGCUGUCGAGUCUCAGCAGCAGCGCGAGGAGGAGACACAGCCGGCGGCCGUCCAGGACGCCCGCCAAAGGAACGGCUUCACAGACGCUUCACAGCAACACCACCAGACCCAUCACCCGACGCAACAGCCCCACCACGGCCAGCAGCGUCAGCUUCCACACCUCAGCCAGCAGCAGUACCACCAGCAGGCAGGCCACAGCCACCAUGACCACCACGGGAGGAGGGACGAAGUAAGUGGUGGCGGAGGCGGAUCUGUCGGCCAUCACGUCAGCGUCAGCGCCUCCGUCAGGACUGCUGCCCCACCUCCCGAAGCUCCCCAGCGCCACAGAGGCCACAGCGACAGCCCCCGUAUGGUGACGAGGAGAUCUAUCCGGGCCCCGGCGGCGCCCACGAGCCCUCUCCUCAGCAGACACAACCAGCAGAGCCCUUCCCGAGGGCCUCUGCCGCCAGCGCCCGCGUCUACCUCUGCGGGGGCAUCGGUGGGCGGCGUAGUGGUACCGCCACCCCAUCCCGGCACCGUGCUGGAGGCGGCCAGCAUCAUCACUCCAGCCGUCGCAUCAGUCACGGCAGGAAGACAAACUGCAGGAGGCGCCGACGUCAUGCGAUACGACAGCCCAAGCCCUCCUCCGACCCGACGAGGGAGUGGCUACCGCCGGCGCCGCCACGGGUCGUCCCACCACAACGACUCGGGCUACGACCUCCAGCGCAGCAAGACGGACUCGUACAUCACCACAGGCUCCACUCCGGGUGGCGUCUCGAGGCAGAUGAGCCACGAAAGUGAAUCCUCCGACGCCAGCAUGACGAGCAUGCAGCCGGGCGUCCUGCGUUAACUGGGUUUCAUCUCGAGUGAAGACCGAAGCGAAUGCGUGAAUCAAAAGAAGGAAACGGGACAAUAGCACAACAUAGAAACAAAUAAAGACGUGGCAACGGCGUAAAAAAUCAAAGGUGAAGAUCUCAACCAAAACGUCCGAAACACACUCUCAAUUUGCUCAAAGUGCGAUAUCAUAAAGAUCACUUUCUCGUAAAAGCCAAAAGUUGCCUCGUUUUUACGACUCAUGCAGUUCGGUUAUUAAGGACAAUAACCUCAGACUCGAAAAAUGAAUGCAGAUAUAAAGAUAUGCAUUAAGUGUUAGUGACCUGUCUUUAACGGGCAAAUAUGUAAUCAUAAUAGAGUAAUCUUUAGCUUGAGGUCUUAGGCUAAACUACAUUAUAUUGUCAAGAGAAAGAAACCCUUUGUUAGAUGUAUAAUUAGUUACAAACCGCAUAUGUCUAUCUACAUAGGCUUGGCUAAUAUCCAUGUAUGUUUAACCGAGUCGGAGCAUAGUCGAAUCCAGUGCAUGAAAAGAACUCACAGGAAAACCGCAAGCGUGAAUUACAACAUAGAUACUUUGCUCAGUGUAGAAAUAUGUGUGCUCAGUGUCGUUGCUAGACUGUUUAUUAUGCUAGUCCAUUUCAUUCUAUGAUCUCUGGUACUGCGUUAGUCUCACUGUGGAGCCAUGGUUGAGCCUGUGUUUUUCUGCAUCACCUAUGU